AUGGAGCCAGCUGAGGCGCAGCGCAAUACUCGCUUCGAAAUAGAGGAACUGUUUAUCCACGCCAAGGUUUGCGUUCAGGAGCAACUUGGACCAGACGCUAACAGCACCGGCAUUCAUGAAUCUACGGUUAAUUUUGGGCACACAUCUGCAGUUAAGCUCCCGCGCUUAUCAUUGCCGACAUUUGACGGCAAAUACUGCGAGUACCAAAACUUUAUCUUGUCGUUUAACCCAGUUAUUGGCCACCAGCCAUCCAUGUCUAAGAUCGAGAAGUUCAACCAGUUGUUAAACUGUCUUCGAGGACCAGCCCUUGAAACGGUUCGAGCUUUCCAGGUGACCGCAGACAACUACACAAAGGCUCUGGACCGCUUAAAGCAGCGCUAUGACAACCCGACUCUCGUAUUUUUGGAUAACAUAUCGUCACUCUUCGCAUUGCCAACUGUCGCCAAGUCAAAUGGUCAGCAGUUGCGCAGCCUAAUCGAUAAUGCAUCCGCAUUAUACAACUCGUUGCGUUCGUUGAGCACCGAGCCACAGAUUUGCGAGGCCAUGCUCAUCUCCAUAGUUAUGGGCAAAGUGGACCAGGAGACUAAGAGGAAGUGGAAUGAGUCGCUGGACUACACUACGUUGCCUUCGUGGGACAAAUGCGUUGGAGUCGUUGAACGUCAUUGUCAAUAUUUGGAAUCGGAUAAGAAGCCUCCUGCUGAAGCCCCUAUGAGUCAACCAGGUGGCCAUAGGUCGCGCUCGCAGAGGAAUCAGGCAAGUCUGUCCUUCAAUUGCACCACACAAACUUGUAACAUCUGUUCACAGACAGACCACAAGACCUUUAGAUGCCCAGAACUAAUCAAUCUCGCCUUAGAUAAUCGCCUUAAUGCAGUAAAGCGCCACAAGCUAUGCAUUAAUUGCCUUGGCAGGGGUCAUCUUGUAGCCAACUGCCCGUCGACGCGGAGGUGCCACUCAUGUGCACUACCGCAUCACUCGCUGCUUCAUCGGCCAUCGCCAGGAUCGGCCGCAGCUCCCUUGCCACUCCCUCAAGCGGAGCCUGUACAAGUUUCGGACGCAGUCGCGCAUACUCACACGGAGUCUCGUUCCGACUGUGUCAUUCUGGCCACGGCACUGAUUCUGGUCAAGGAUGCAUCUGGAAGCUACAAAAUAGGAAGAGCGCUUCUGGAUUCAUGUUCUCAGGUGAAUUUCAUAUCCGAGGAGUUUGCCCAAAGACUUCGACUGCCACGGAGCAAGCUCAACCUCGAGAUUCGUAGCAUUGGUGAGACACAAACGCGAAUUAAACACCAUGCAACCACCAAUAUCAAGUCGAGGCACAAUGGAUUCGAGUUGCUCCUUGAUUUUUACGUGACAUCCCACAUUGCCUAUCAUCCAGAAUCGGAAAUUGACAUUUCUGCGUGGAACUUUCCGCAGCACUCAUCUCUUGCUGACGAGAGCUUUAACAAGUCUCGUCGGAUCGAUCUGCUUUUGGGGACGGAAACCUUCUUCGAUAUAUUGGCAGUCGGCCAAGUUAAAUUAGGAAAGGAUCUGCCCGUACUACAAAAAACACUACUUGGAUGGAUAGUGUCUGGUCGAUGUCGAGCUCAUCCCAGAACACUCCAUCAGUACUCAUCUAUCGCAUUAACAGAAAUUGACCAAAAAAUGGAACGGCUAUGGCGCAUCGAUCAUGUGGAGCCUCCUGAGAUCACACUUACGCCAGAGCAGCGAAACUGUGAGGAGUUCUACACCAAAACGGUACGACGUAAUUCAGAUGGUCGAUUGGAAGUACGACUUCCAUUUAAAGAUGAACCUACCGUUCUCGGAGCCUCAUUCGACAUUGCCAAAAGGAGAUUCCUCUCCCUCGAACGCAGCCUAUGCAAAAGGCCUGAGGUAGGGGCCAAAUAUGUUGAAUUUAUGCAGGAGUUUCAAAAUCUGGGACACAUGAGUCCCGUGAGCCAUCCACAGUUAAACACUCCGCAUUAUUAUAUUCCGCACCACUGCGUGCUCAAGCCUAAUAGCACAUCAACAAAGCUCAGAGUGGUUUUCGACGCAUCCUGCAAGACGACGUCCCAGAAAUCGCUCAACGACAUUCUGAUGGUCGGGCCGACCAUUCAGCCAGAUCUUUAUACACUACUCCUGCGUUUUCGGAUACAUCGCUAUGCCACCACUGCUGAUGUGGUCAAGAUGUUCCGCCAAGUCAACAUGUUUGCCGAGGAUCGCAGAUUCCAAUACAUUCUUUGGAGAGCGUCGCCAUCGCAACCAUUGAGCACCUUCGAAUUGAAUACUGUAACUUAUGGCACAGCGGCUGCACCGUAUCUAGCCAUACGCAGUUUGUCAUAUCUAGCCGACAAAUUCAUGGACAAAUUGGAGAUUGGAGCUAAAGCCAUCAAAUCGUCUUUCUAUGUGGAUGACUUCCUAGGUGGAGCGGAUACGGUAGAGGAGCUACAUCAAAUCAAAAGGGAAGUUACAGCGAUUCUACAGGAUGGCCAAUUGGAACUCGCAAAAUGGCAUUCAAAUCACUGCAAGUUUGUCGAUGACGCUACAGUCAAACAUUUGCAGUUGGACGACGAAAUGCUAACCAGCACGCUUGGCCUAAAAUGGGACCAAGUACGGGACACAUUCAUGUUCUCGUUCUCGCCAAGAUUCGAUUCGGAUCACGUCACCAAGCGCUCGAUUUUGUCCAUAGCCUCUUCGCUGUUUGAUCCGUUGGGAUUAGUUACUCCCAUCAUCAUAGUGGCAAAAAUUAUCCUCCAGGAGCUGUGGCUCCUAAAACUACAUUGGGACGAGUCAGUACCCCAAGGCAUUCAUACAGCUUGGAUGUCCCUGCUUGCAUCGCUUUCGUCGUUGGAGUCUGUAGCAAUACCACGAUAUUGCCUCCAAUCAGCGAUACAUACCUUUCAAAUACACGGCUUUUGUGACGCCUCCAUUCGAGCGUAUGGAUGCUGCAUCUACGCUCGCACAAUCGGAUCAGAUGGGCUGACCAAGGUACAGCUAAUCACAUCGAAGUCCAGAGUUGCUCCCACCAAGAAGCUAUCUCUGCCGAAAUUAGAACUGUGUGGAGCACAUUUGUUAUGGUGCGAUUCUCAAAAUGUUCUACAUUGGAAUCGCCAACACUCGGCCACCUUAUCAACCUUUGUCGGCAAUCGAAUUGCCGAAAUUCAAGAACUCACGUCAGAUUGCCACUGGAAACAUGUUCCUACUCACUGCAACCCGGCUGAUAUCUUGUCCAGGGGCUGCACUAUCACCGAGUUGGAACAAUCGAUAUGGUUCGAGGGACCUGAGUUCCUAGGCCAAGAUCAUCAACAUUGGCCAAAGGACAGUCGAGACAACAGUGACAUUGAUAUGGAAACUGUCCAACUGGAGAAGAGAAAAUCAGCUUUUGCCUUACACACGACUAGUAAUCAACUGCUUGAAGGAAUCUACAAGAUCAGUUCGCAUCAUCGCUGCCUACUAGUUAUCGCUUGGGUGUACAGAUUUACUCAGCGCUGCCGUAAACUAACGCCAUUCCAAUCACCUUCGCCGACGCCAGCAGAACUGAUGCGGGCGCUACAUUGCAUCGUCUGGAAUAUUCAAACUAUUCACUUCGCUCAAGAGAUGUCCUCAGUCCUGAAGGGCCUUCCGAUUCGCACUAACCUUAAAAAUCUUAGUCUCUUCCUCCAGGUUACAGAUGGCUUCCAAAUGCUAAAGGUCGGAGGGCGCCUGGAGCUAGCAGACUACCCAAAAACCCAAAAGCAUCCUGUGCUGCUCCCAGCUAAGGAUCCAUUUGUGUCACAGUUCGCUCGCCAUCUUCAUCUACAGAACUAUCACGCCGGGCCAUGGACGCUCGUCGCUUUAAUUAGAAAACAGUUCUGGAUAGUGAAUGCAAGGGAUUUGGCCCGACAAGUCGUUCGCUCAUGUAUACAUUGUCGCCGCUAUCGACCAACUCUCGAAAGGCAGCUAAUGGGCCAACUGCCUAAAGAGCGGAUCACACCAUCUAGACCAUUUUCAAGAUGCGGAAUAGACUUUUGCGGACCAAUCAACGUCUAUUUGCGCAUCCGGGGUAAGCCGCCUACCAAGGCCUACCUAGCCGUCUUCGUUUGCUUUGCCACGAAGGCGAUACAUGUCGAAGUGGUAUCGGAUCUCACGACGGAUAGCUUCAUUGCAUCACUAAAGCGUUUUAUUGCCCGACGCGGACUUCCCUCGGACAUAUUCUGUGACAACGCUACAAAUUUCGCAAAAGCUAACAACAAGCUCGAAUCGUUGAAGCAGUUUCUGUUUAAAGACGAAACAACAAGAACAAUCCACUAUUUCUGUCGCUCAGAGUUUAUUAACAUCCACUUUAUUCCACCCAGGGCUCCACACUUCGGGGGCAUAUGGGAAGCUGCAGUAAAAAGUGUCAAGGGACUACUCAAUCGCACUCUUCGAGACACCAGGUUAACCUUCGAGGAGUUAGCCACUGCAGCUGCUGACGUCGAGGCGAUCCUGAACUCUCGCCCGUUAACGCCGCUCUCAUCAGACCCGAACGACCUGGCCGCUCUCACGCCUGGCCACUUCUUAGUGGGUGACGCACUCCGAGCACUACCGGAACUUCCACCAAUCGACGACAACCUGGACAAGUUGGAUCGAUGGAAAAGGGUCAGCGCACUCAAACAUCACAUCUGGAGUCGCUGGAGCCACGAGUACAUCAACGAGCUCCAAGUUCGCACAACCUGGACGAAGACUUCACCAAAUUUGGCUGUCAACGACAUGGUCAUCGUUCACGAGGAUAAUCUUCCCCCACAACGGUGGCUUCUUGGGCGCAUAGUCAGCACGAUUGCAGGAGCGGACAACAUCGUGCGUGUAGCCGACGUACGCACUGCCAAGGGAAUCAUCCGCCGCCCUAUACGGAAACUCGCCUUAUUACCUGUCUCUUGA